CCUCCCUUCCCUCUAUACUAGUGCUAUUACCUUUGCUCUAGUGUUUUCUCUCUGACUUAUCAGAACUCCUGGAAUCAAUCUGCUUCUUGCAUAUUCGUUCCGCUUAUUUUCUUCUUUUUUCUUUACUUUCGGAUCCUUACCUCUUCCACAAUGCCAUUUUCCUUACGACGCGCGCCCAAGGAGGACUCACCCUCCCCGUCUCCCGUCGGAGACAGCCGCCUGCCGAGCGAGGAAAAACUCGACAUUGAGAACUGUGACAAGGAUAUCGAUUCGUUGAUUGAGGAGCUUCUUUCGGAGGACGGCAAAGAAGCUGCCUCGUGUGAUUUCAAGGACGACUGCGAAAUGGCGACGGUGCGCAACACGCCCGAAGAGUUUCUGCAGACCAGUCCCGCGACCGGGCUUACGACCGAGGAAGUCAACCUUCGCCGCAAGAAGUUUGGCUUCAAUCAGAUGACCGAGGCAAAGGAGAGCAUGGCGCUCAAGUUUUGCAUGUAUUUCGUGGGGCCGAUUCAGUUCGUUAUGGAGGCUGCCGCGGCGUUGGCAGCAGGACUGCAGGACUGGGUUGAUUUUGGCGUGAUUUCAGCCUUGCUGCUUCUGAAUGCGUGCGUGGGCUUUGUGCAGGAGUACCAGGCGGGUUCGAUCGUUGAUGACCUGAAGAAGACUUUGGCGCUCAAGGCGACAACGAUCCGCAAUGGAACAGUGACCGAGGUUGAGGUUCCCGAGAUUGUGCCUGGCGACAUUGUUCAUCUCGAAGAGGGAACGAUUUUGCCUGCCGAUGGUCGCAUAGUUACGAAGGACGCCUUCAUCCAGGUCGAUCAAUCUGCGGUCACGGGCGAGUCCCUCGCGGUCGACAAGGUCUUUGGCGACCAUCUUCAUGCGUCGUCGACGGUCAAGCGCGGCGAGUGCCGCAUGGUUGUCACCGCGACGGGCGACAACACCUACAUCGGCCGCGCCGCGCACCUUGUUAACGCUGCCGCGACAAAGAGCGGCCACUUUACCGAGGUGCUGAACGGGAUCGGAACAAGCCUCUUGAUUCUCUGCGUGAUCACGCUCCUUGUUGUCUGGAUUGCCGCGUUUUACCGCUCGAACGACAUCGUCGACAUCCUUCGGUUCACGCUCGGGAUUACUGUCAUUGGCGUUCCCGUCGGACUGCCGGCGGUCGUGACAACGACCAUGGCUGUCGGCGCGGCCUACCUCGCCAAGAAGCAGGCCAUCGUGCAGAAGCUCUCUGCGAUCGAGUCCCUUGCUGGCGUCGAGAUCCUGUGCUCGGACAAGACCGGCACUCUGACCAAGAACAAGCUCUCGCUUGCUGAGCCCUACAUUGUCGAUGGAGUCGAGCCCGACGACCUGAUGCUGACGGCAUGCCUUGCUGCCGCGCGCAAGAAGAAGGGACUCGAUGCUAUCGACAGAGCGUUCUUGAAGUCGCUCAAGUCGUACCCGGUCGCGAAGGAGGAGUUGUCAAAGUACAAGAUCCUCGAAUUCCGACCGUUCGACCCGGUUUCAAAGAAAGUUACUGCGGUCGUUGAGUCCCCCACCGGCGAGCGCAUGACUUGCGUGAAAGGUGCUCCGCUCUUUGUUCUCAACACGGUGACGAACGACCACCCGCUCUCUGACGAGAUCGUCGAGGACUACAAGAACAAGGUUGCCGAGUUCGCCACGCGCGGACUUCGCUCGUUGGGAGUCGCCCGUCGUUGUGCGAACCAACCAUGGGAAAUUCUCGGCAUCGUGCCUUGUAUGGACCCGCCGCGCCACGACACCGCAAAGACAAUCAACGAGGCCAAGAGACUCGGUCUGUCGAUCAAGAUGCUGACUGGUGAUGCCGUCGGGAUUGCGCGCGAGACCUCGCGCCAGCUGGGGCUGGGCACCAACAUCUACAACGCCGAGCGACUUGGUCUGGGAUCCGGCAGCGGGGGCAACAUGCCUGGCUCUGAGUUCUACGACUUUGUCGAGGCUGCCGAUGGCUUUGCCGAGGUGUUUCCCGAGCACAAGUACAACGUCGUCGAGAUCCUCCAGCAGCGCGGAUACUUGGUGGCCAUGACUGGUGACGGAGUCAACGACGCUCCCUCGCUCAAGCGCGCCGAUACCGGGAUUGCGGUCGAAGGCGCCUCUGACGCUGCGCGGUCUGCUGCGGAUAUCAUUUUCCUCGCUCCGGGACUGUCUGCAAUCAUCGACGCGCUGCGCACGUCGCGCCAGAUCUUCCACCGCAUGUACUCGUACGUGGUCUACCGCAUUGCGCUGUCGCUCCACCUCGAGCUGUUCCUGGGGCUCUGGGUCGCGAUCACGAACGAGUUCCUUAACAUCGAGCUCGUGGUCUUCAUCGCCAUCUUUGCCGACAUCGCGACCCUGGCCGUGGCCUACGACAACGCGCCUUACUCGCCCACUCCGGUCAAGUGGAACCUGCGCCGACUCUGGGGCAUCUCCGUGAUCCUGGGCAUCAUCCUCGCGAUCGGCUCUGUGAUCACGCUGACGACGAUGCUCGUCUCGCCCGAGGACGGCAACCGCGGGAUUAUCCAGAACUUUGGCGUGCGCGACGAGAUCCUCUUCCUGCAAAUCACGCUGACCGAGAACUGGCUGAUCUUCAUCACGCGCGCGAGUGGACCGUUCUGGUCUUCGCUUCCGUCCUGGCAGUUAUCCGGCGCUGUCUUCAUCGUCGACGCGAUCGCGACCCUGUUUUGCGCUUUCGGCUGGUUCGUCGGCGGCCGCACUUCGAUCGUCACCAUCGUGCGCGUCUACGUGAUUUCCUUCGGCGUGUUUUGCAUCCUCGGCGGCGCGUACUACCUCAUGUCGGAGUCGGUCAAGUUCGACCGGUUCAUGAACGGCAAGGGCCUGCGAACAAAGUCGAAGCAGCGCUCGCUCGAGGACUUUGUCGUCUCGCUGCAGCGCGUCGCCUCUGCUCACGAGCACGAGACGUCUGCCUGACCUGCAAGUCAGACUUGUGAUGAGUGAAUACUCUUGUGAAUCUUCAGAAAACAGAAAACAAUCACAAAAAAAAAUGCUAAUGACCUGGGUGUUCUGGUGCUUUUUCUUGAAAAUAUUUAAAACAAUCACAAAAAAAAAUGCUAAUGACUCGGGUGUUCUGGUGCUUUUUCUUGCUUUUCUUUUGCU